AUGGAUUUCAUAAAAAUUACAGUAAUAAUUUGGUUAUUUGUUCCGGUCAUAGUGGCAAAUGAUUUAAAUAUUGCUUUUUGGAUAGAUCCGGUUCAGAAGGAUAUUUAUGGUGAUAUUGCUGCAACCUUAAAGGAAAUUGAGGGAUUACAUUUGGAGACGAAAAUCAUUGAUUCGGUAAUUGUUAUUGAAAAUGGGUAUGUUGGUAAUGAUGACGUGGAUGAAAUGCAGACCAAUGAAAGAAACAUGAAAACACUUUGUGAAGUAUUAUCCGUUUCGGGUAUAUCGGUUAUAUUGGAUUUUACCUAUACACCCUGGCAACAAGGUUUAGAAUAUGUACAAUCACAUGGUAUACCCUAUAUGAAAGUGGAACGCAUCCUGCGGCCAUUCCUGCAAAUGUUCAGUGCAUUUCUACGAGAAAAAGAUGCAACCGAAGUUGUAAUGUUGCUACAAAACGAACAGGACAGAAGGGAGGCAAUGGAGGAGAUUAUACGCGGUUUACCAUUUCGUACAUUGAUCUUGAAUGCUGGCGACGGCAAUAAAACCGAUUUUGUUAAUGUUUUACGUAAUUUACGGCCAAGUCCUGGAUAUUAUGCAAUUUUUGCGAAAGGUUCGAAUAUGAAUUCGAUAUUUGAUAAGAUUCUCAAGGGUAAUGUAUUUGCCCGUCCUAAGGAAUGGCAUUUCAUAUAUUUGGAUACCAGAGAUCGCGUGUUUAAGUAUAAGAAGCAAGCAGAAAAUGGCAAUAAGUUUGCUGUAAAUCCCAGAGCCGUUUGCAAGUCCAUGCAAAUGAAGGAUGUCUAUUGUCAGAGUGGAUUUACGUUCCAAAGGGCCAUGUUAUUGGAAAUAUUUCGUGCCCUGAUCGAUAUUAGGCAAAGCAAUAUGGGCUGGUUGGAGCCGAUACAAAUGGAUUGUAACAUAACCGACAACGAACUCAUGGAGUAUCACAAAGAUUUCGAUAUAUUGGAUCAUUUUAAAACCAACGAAUUCAUGACAUUCUCCACAAUCGGUAGCCAAAAUAAAUUUGAUGAUGAACCCGACGAAUUAAUUCCACCAUUGACAUUUGUGGCCAAUGUGAGUAUAACAUUUUAUUCCUCCGAACAUGAAGCUGCUACCGAUUUGGCAGUUUGGCAAAAUGGUGAAUUGAAGAAAAUCAAUCACACGAUUAGUCCGGCCAAGAGGUUUUUUCGUAUAGGGACAACGGAGGCCAUUCCAUGGAGUUAUUAUCGAAAAAAUCCCACUACCGGUGAAUUGCUAUUGGAUGGUAAUGGCCAACCCCUGUGGGAGGGAUUUUGUAUUGAUAUGAUCGAAUCGUUGGCGGAAAAAAUGAAUUUCGAUUAUGAAAUUGUCACUCCCAAGAAGGGUAAAUUUGGUCGACGUGAUCCAGUGACUGAAGAAUGGGAUGGCCUUGUGGGUGAUUUAGUUAGAGGUGAAACGGAUUUUGUUGUGGCCGCUUUGAAAAUGUAUUCGGAGCGUGAGGAAUAUAUCGAUUUUUUGGCUCCAUAUUUUGAACAAACCGGCAUUACGAUUGUAAUGCGUAAGCCCGUCAAACAAACUUCGCUUUUCAAAUUUAUGACCGUGCUCCGUUUGGAGGUAUGGAUGAGUAUUGUGGGCGCCUUGGUGUCUACGGCUGUGGUCAUUUGGCUAUUGGAUACCUAUUCACCAUAUAGUGCAAGAAAUAAUAAGAAAGCCUAUCCAUAUCCAUGCAGGGAAUUUACAUUACGUGAAAGUUUUUGGUUUGCCUUGACCUCUUUCACACCCCAGGGUGGCGGCGAGGCCCCCAAGGCAAUAUCUGCAAGAAUUCUGGUGGCCGCCUAUUGGCUAUUUGUUGUCUUAAUGUUGGCCACAUUUACAGCAAAUUUAGCAGCAUUUCUUACGGUGGAACGAAUGCAAACACCAGUCCAAUCAUUGGAACAACUGGCCCGACAAUCGCGUAUCAAUUACACUGUCGUUGAGGGUUCCGAUACUCAUCAUUAUUUUAUGAAUAUGGAUUUUGCCGAGAAGACUUUAUACCGAAUGUGGAAGGAAUUGGCGUUGAAUGCUUCGCGAGAUUUUCAUAAAUUUCGAGUUUGGGAUUAUCCCAUUAAGGAACAAUAUGGUCGCAUACUUUUGGCAAUUAAUAGUUCCAUGCCGGUCGCUGAUGCCGAAGAGGGAUUUCGCAAGGUAAAUGAACGUGAAGGUGCCGAUUAUGCUUUCAUACACGACUCGUCGGAAAUUAAAUAUGAAAUUACAUUGAAUUGUAAUUUAACCGAAGUGGGAGAAGUUUUCGCAGAACAGCCCUAUGCUGUGGCCGUACAACAAGGAUCAAAUUUGGCGGAUCCCCUAAGUUUUGCAAUUUUGGAAUUGCAAAAAGAUCGUUACUUUGAGGAGCUAAAAUCCAAAUAUUGGAAUCGUUCACGUUCCAAUUGCCCCCUGUCGGAGGAGGAACAAGGUAUAACAUUGGAAAGUUUGGGUGGUGUUUUCAUCGCUACCCUAUGCGGUUUGGGCAUAGCCAUGGUAUCGCUGAUCUUUGAGGUAUUGUGGAAUAAACGUAAAAUUAAAAAGGCUGCUGGCGAUGGCGUUCUUCAAGUAAAGCCUGCCGAAGUGACAAGUCCUGUGUCUAAAGUUUGGCAUAGUAGUGCAGAUGUUAAGUUAACACCACCACCAUCAUUUGAAACGGCAACAUUUCGGGGUCGCAAAAUACCAUCGGGUAUUACAUUGGGUUCAGAAUUUAAACCUGGACGUGUGGGUGGUGUAAAUCGUCGUCAAUUGAGUCGCAGUCGUGUUGAAGAUGUGCCACCCAAGGAGGAGUUACCGGCCUAUGUGGAAUAA